CGCGGUGCUCACUCCGAGCCCCGACCGGUCGCCGCUGCUUUCCGGGCGCUCACCGCCAGGCGCGCGCGUGCCCGCCCGCCUGCGUCCCUCCCCGUCCCCGUCCCCGUCCCUGUCCCCGCCAGCAAAGCGCCGCUGAAGAUGGCGAGCCCGGCGCCCGGGGAGCGCGGCGCGCAAGGAUGCCCAGCUCCGACUGCGGAGGAACCGGCACCGCGGCCCGGGGUUCCCGGGGAGGAGGCUGCAUCGGAGGCAGAGCGGGCAGACGCGGGGCCGCAGGUGGAGGAGGCCGCGAGCAAGGUGGCCGCCACCCUGACCUGGCUGCUGGGGGAGCCCGUGCUGUGGCUGGGCUGCCGCGCCGAUGAGCUCCUGAGCUGGAAGAGGCCGCUGCGUAGCCUGCUCGCCUUCCUGGGUGCCAACCUGCUGUUCUGGUUUCUUGCGUUGACUCCGUGGAGAGUUUAUCAUCUCAUUUCCGUCAUGCUGCUUGGGCGUGUGAUCAUGCAGAUCAUCAAGGACAUGGUUCUGUCUAGGACAAGAGGUGCGCAGUUGUGGAGAAGCCUCAGUGAAAGCUGGGAAGUUGUCAAUUCCAAGCCAGAUGAAAGACCAAGACUGAGCCACUGCAUUGCAGAAUCAUGGAUGAAUUUCGGCCUGUUUCUUCAAGAAAUGUCUCUUUUCAAACAGCAGAGCCCUGGCAAGUUUUGUCUCCUGGUCUGCAGUGUGUGCACAUUUUUUACAAUCUUGGGAAGUUACAUUCCUGGGGUCAUACUCAGCUACCUACUGUUACUGUUCGCUUUCUUGUGUCCACUGUUUAAAUGUAAUGACAUUGGACAAAAAAUCUACAGCAAAAUCAAGUCCAUUCUAUUGAAACUAGAUUUUGGAAUCGGAGAAUAUAUUACCCAGAAGAAACGUGAGCGAUCUGCAACAGAUAAAGAAAAAAGUCCCAAGGAUGACAGCGAAUUAGACUUUUCAGCUCUUUGUCCUAAGAUUAGCCUCACCGUUGCUGCCAAAGAGUUAUCUGUGUCUGACACAGACGUGUCCGAAGUAUCUUGGACUGAUAAUGGGACCUUCAACCUUUCAGAAGGGUACACUCCACAGACAGACACUUCUGAUGACCUUGACCGGCCCAGUGAGGAGGUUUUCUCUCGAGAUCUUUCAGAUUUUCCAUCUCUGGAAAAUGGCGCGGGAACAAACGAUGAAGACGAGUUGAGCCUUGGCUUCCCCGCCGAGCUCAAGAGAAGAAAGCAACAACUGGACGGUGGGCACAGACCAAGCAAAGGCGGCCAGUCGGCAGCUGGCCUUUCUCUUCCUCUGAACAGUGACCAAGCCCUUCACUUGAUGAGCAACCUGGCUGGUGAUGUCCUCACAGCGGCAAUGACUGCUGCCAUCAAAGACCAGCUCGAAGGGGCCCAGCAGGCUCGUGCUCAGGCUGCAUCUACUAUAGGAGAGGACACAGACACCGAAGAUGGUGAUGACUUUGAACUACUUGACCAGGCAGAGCUAGAUCAAAUUGAGAGUGAACUGGGACUCACACAAGACCAAGACGCAGAAGCUCAGCACAGUAAGAAGUCUACGGGCUUCCUUUCAAAUCUCCUUGGCGGCCAUUAACCUGGGAAUCAGCUUGCAGCAAAGCACAGACGAACCACCCAAAAAUUUCAAACAAGCAGGGAAAACAAACAAAAAAAAAAAAAAGGAAAACAAUUGUAUUGUAAGCUUUAAUUACUUCAGAUUUUUUUUUGUUUUCUUUUCCUUUCUGUAGUGAGUUGGAUAUGUAUCAACUGAUGAUAGACUGACAUUUCUGAUAGCCAUUUUUAUGUAAUAAGCAUGGAAAUGAACUUUAUAGUAUAUGAACUAUAUAGUAUAUAUACAUACUGUGGUGUCAUAAGUGAAGAGGGGUUGUUUUUAAAGAGAAGAGGAAAAACCCACCCAAACCCACCCAACUUCAGAUAGUUCUAUAAGUAUUCUUCAUUAUCAUUUUCAAGCAUGCCAAGAUUUAUCACAACUUGCUGAAAAGUAACAAUUGUGAACAAAUGUUGUAUCACCUCCCGUAUUGCUUAUACUUGGAAGUAGUUUUUCAAACCUCAUUAGAUUUUAAUGAAAAAAAGGAGAAAUUAUCAAAAUGUUUGUAGUUUGAAGGGCUUGGGAAAUGCUAUCAAAAUUAAUUUUCUAGGAAAAACCUUAAAAAUAAGUCCUACCUAUCUGCUGAACUAUGUCCGUGUUAUUUCUGCAGCUGUAGACCGAGGCUUACUGGUAAAGUGCCGUUCUCCACGACGGCCACAUCUAACCUUGCAAGGGGUGUAUCGACCCACAGGAAGCAAGCAGCUAUGAAUCCUAGAAUGAUGCUCUGGUUUCGUUCCUUUUUGUCAUGUUUGCAAUGGGGCAGAUGUAAGAGCAGAUCUCUUUCGCACACUCAGACGCAAGUAAAACCUGAUGUUUUUGUCUUGUGUUUGGCCUUCUAAGAUUGUGAAACGAGCUGCUGCCGCGCGUCCUGUGAGCAAUGUGGCCAUUCGUGAUGAGAACAACUGUUUUUCUUUUCAGUUUGCAGGUGUAGAGGAGAGAAACUUGCUUGAAUUUUAAAGUUUAUAUCUUGUCACUGCAGUCUAAAUAUGUAAUCUGUUUCUUACUGGGAAGCUAGAAUAUAUUUUUUCUUUAAAAUUUUUGAUCAUCUUUACAUAUUCAAAUUUGACUUACAGUGGAAACCAAGAUAGUUGUUUUUGUGAAACGAUCUUUUAGUACUGGGGGACCAUGUCAGCAACUAUCUUAAAUCUUCAGUUAGAGCUGGCAUUUCUACACAGACACACAUGAGCCUUAGCAGGGAAGGGUUAUCUAAGACCUUAGAAAGCUGUGUUCUCUUUUGGUUUCAUCCCUUUUAUUUCUAAAGAUUACUUACAAGCAACUUGAAAUUUUAAUGUACCAUCUCUUAUUUAUUUUUUCUUUGUGAGGUAUUAAAAUAUCUAUCUAUCUAUCUAUCUAUCUAUCUAUCUAUCUAUCUCUAUUGCCAAAUGUAAAAGGGAGAGAAGUUACUGAAGACUUUGAAGGCUUGCCUUUUUUUGAUUGAUGUUCUAUGCUUAUGUCGUUAGUGCCUCACAACUGUGUUCGGUGUCCUUUAUUCAUACAAAGUGAGCCUGUGCCUUCAUUAUCUUGCCCGUUUUGGUACCAGUGUAAAUUUGUGUUUGAAAACCUUGGAACUGUGUGAGUCUGCGAAGACUAUAUCUGAAUUCUAUUCAAUACAUUUGUUGGAUGUGAAGAAAAAUACAGCCACAUAUUUAUAAAAUAGUUGUUACCAGUA